AUGGGAGCACCCAUGGCAGGGGUUUCGGGGGGUAAACUCGCCGCUGCGACCUGUCAGGCGGGUGCGCUAGGCUUCAUUGCGGCCGGUCAUUUAAUGGAGCUGGAAUCGUUGGAACAAGAAUUAACUGCUUUUCGCCAAGAAGCUCCCACCUCGCCCCUCUGCAUAGGAUUCAUCGGCUAUUCAACCUUCGGUACCGACGAAGGCUGGGAAAGGUACGAGCGUGUUCUUCGAAAGCACAAACCCGCUGUUGUCCAGUUCUUUGCACCGGCGAUCCAUACUCAACAAUCUACGGGGCGAUCAAAUGUGGAUGUGGCUCACCAUCAUGCAGCACUGGUGCUUGCGCAAGUUGGCAGUGUGCAGGACGGACUCGCCGCUGCAAACGCUAGUGUAAAUGGUCUUAUAGCACAGGGUAGUGAGGCUGGCGGACACGGACUUCGGCGUGAAAUGGGAUCUGCCGGGUCUACUCUCGCACGUGAUCUCAUUCGAAAAGUGGCUCAAGAUAUCCCGGUCCUUUUGGCUGGCGGUAUAGUCGACGGGUACGGUGUGGCUUCAGCACUGGCAUUGGGAUGUGAUGGUGUUGUCCUUGGAACUCGACUCUGGGCGAGCGAGGAAGCGCUCGGUCACGAAUCUCUCAAACGCGCUCUGGUUGACGCGGAAUCAACGGAUAGCGUGCAACGGACGACUGUGUUUGAUCAAAUACAGAACACUUCGUCUUCCAUUCCGUGGCCCGAGCCAUUCGACUCGCUGGGUGCACUGCGAAAUGAGACGACAGCAAAAUGGGAUGGACGUAUGAAUGAGCUUUCCGAGGAACUCUCGACUGGCAGCCAAAGCACACUUUGUACGAUAUAUCGUGAAGCUCAGCAGGAAGGCAAUGGGCAAAUUGCGGCGGUCUUAUGUGGUGAAGGAGUGGGGGCUAUCGAUUCCAUCAAAUCAGCUUACGAUAUCGUGAAGAAAAUCAACGAGGAAUCAGUUGGUAUCGUACGGAGAAUGCCGAAAAUGCUUUUGGACAAUUGUGGAGAGAAUCGCACCUGA